GUGAUGCGCGCAUUCAGUGUGCCCCGGGUACCCUUUAUUUUUUACAGUGAAGAUUCAACCUAUUUAUAUGCUUUUAAUACACUAGAUAUAAAGCUUACGUGAUUUUGUAUUUUUGAUUUUUCUCGUAUACGAGAAAAAUCAAAAAUACAAAAUCGCAUAAACUUUUGAAACAGUUCUGAAUAUAAGUUUAAUAAACAAAAAACGUUUUUUGUUUAUGGCAACUCUUGGUAUGUUGUUGUAUAAAAUAUCAUUUAUUCAAAAACAAUAAAUUUUGCUGUUUACUCUUUGAAACAAACCACUUCAUGUCUAAAGAUUUCCUUUCAGAUAAGGACUGUAAAAGGUUAAUUCUACGCUUGAGUAUUUAAAACACAUAACGGUAAUUACUGGUUUUCUGACGAAAAAAUCUAUCUAUUAUUUCGUUCGAUUCUGAUCUCCAGUUCAGAUACACCGAGAAAUAAUCUGUUUCACUUUUUGUGGAACAUUAUACUCAAACACAUGUGAGUCGCAUAUAACAAGGUUUUUAACAGAAUGCUUUACUUGUGCUUGUUUCAGGGAGGCUUGGCUUACUAGCUGUUAUUUCAGGUAAGGAUAACUUCUCACGAUGCGUUAAAGUUUAACAAUCACUCUGUUUAACAGAAUAAAUACAUACAGAGCCGGCUUAAAAAAGCACACAUUAGUUGUGGACGAUAAUAUAAGAAUAAGUUAUUGCGUAAGAGGUGAAAAAAACGAUAAUACACCAACUCUUUUGUUCGUUCAUGGUUUAUCUUCCGACAAAGAAACAUGGUUAUCAGUCAUUAAAGACAUUCCAGCAAGUUAUCAUUGUAUUGCACUUGAUCUGCCCGGUCAUGGAGACACAAUUGGCUUCAAAGAAGAUUCUUUUAUUGUUUACAAAGUUGUUGAUGUUAUAAAAGCGUUCAUUAAUGCACUUGGUCUUGUUCGUCCGUUAUAUUUGAUCGGAAUAUCAUAUGGGGGCGCUAUUGCUUCAUUGUUUGCAGCCAAGUAUCCACAAUAUGUUAACAGAUUAGCUAUACUAGCAGCGCCAGCUGGUGAAAUCUGUGAAACAGAAGUAUUUCAAACAAUACGAGCUGGUACGUAUGAUAUCUUAUUACCGUCCACAAUCGAACAAUUAUACACGACCAUUGGUUUAUUAAGUUUCAAAAAAAUAAAUGUACCAAAACAAAUUUUAAAUGGAUACCUUAACAUUAGAAAUCGACAUAUUGAAGAGCAUUCGAAAGUAUUAAACUCAUUAUUAUCGUACGAUUAUCAAAAUCUAGACGAUUACUACAGUACUUUGAAAAAUAUCAAAUGUCCAACGAUGAUUUUAUGGGGAUAUGAAGAUAAACUUUUUACACGUAAUGGUGCUCAAUAUUUUCAUAAUUUAAUACCACAUGCGGAAGUUCAUAUUAUUCCUGAUUGUGGUCAUUUAAUGGCAGAUGAACACCCAGAACAAAUUGCAACUAUUUUAACUCGGUUUAUGGGAAAUAAACAGGAAUGA